GAACCGGUCAUGAACGGGUUGCAGCAGAGGUGGCCCGCCCUCUUCUGCACAAUGCCCUCCAAGUUCGUUUGCAAACCUUCUUCAGGCUACUACGACUCAAACUCCGGUGUCCUCCGGCCUUUUCCAUUCCUGCUUUUCCUCGAUACAAAUAAUGCCAACGUAUCAUCAGUGGUUGUUAUUGACAGCACUUUCCAUCACACUUGGUUCUCGGGGGCAGCAGGACUCCGAUCCCCAAGAUGUCAGAGACGACAAAGCUAUACCUUCUGGUUCUGCAUUCGAAUGUCGAUGCCACCGAGGAUACAGUCAACCGAGGAUUAGCAUCUGUAUUCAGCGCAGCUUCAGUAGCUGACCAUGAUUUGUGGAAAGCAGAUCUGAACUAUCCUCAAUCCAAUAAUAGUCACUGCUCUACACAAAUUGUCUUGGAACGCAAGAGCCCCCUCGGCCCCGACCAAAGUGUUGAAGUUGAUAUCCAACGACUAUGCGACAGUCUCUUCAGCUCAGGCGAUGCUUUGUCUUUACUAAGAUUGCGGGAGAAGCACAAUGCCCAGUUCAUACCCGACCUUCCUCCGGGAAAAUCAAUAGAGGGCGAUGAGGGAAACAAUUUUCAGAUCUUUCUCCGUCAGUUCUUAACUCACAAGGCAGAGAACUCGGCAAAGGUUUGCCGACAGACCUUCAAUGCCACAACCUGCAGACAGAGAAUCGCGAUGAGUGGGCUUAUGGAUUCAUCGAUAGGAACGGCCAGCAACUUUCUUCAAGCAGCUGCAUUUACAGCCCUCUUGGUGGUCUGGGUGCUACAGCAAUGUAUCGAGCCUAAACAACUCAGUUGCACCGAACUGCAUAAAAGGAUCAACGAAUCAGCCCAGAAGCUGGAGAAAAUGCAAUAUGAGGAACAAAGAAAGAGGCAGCGAGCCAGAUAGUAAAACUUCAAACCGCAAUCGAUACCCUCGGAAACACUGGAAGAGGUGGAAGACUUAUACACACUUGCAACAGUGGAGAGAAACUCGAAGCGAUGGUCCCAGUGGUCGUGGAUUGCCACAGCUGUGGUUGUGGGAGCCGUCACAGGGGCUGGUGGCUGGUACCUUGUUGGUCACACUGUGUGGUGGGCAACCGCAACAACCACAGUCAAAGUGACUACGAGUGUUGCUAGGGUGGUAGUAGGUAGUGCAGGUGUGGGAGUCUCUUCGUGUAAGGCGUGGCAUCGAAAUGACGACGGAAACAAGGCAAAACAAGGCAAGUCAGAAAUGCCCUGAGCUUCCCAUUCCUGUCUGCUACCACUCAUAUUGC